UUCGGAACAGAAGCAGCAUCAUGUCUCUGUACAGAAACUCCGCCUGGUUCCUGAAGGGUCUCACUGAGUUCACCAGGAGUGGCUUCCUGGCGGCCUCUAAGCGAUUUCUGGAGAAGGAUCUGGAAGUGUCCAUGGCAGGACGCUCCUUCAUGAUCACUGGAGCCAACAGUGGGAUUGGGAAAGCCACUGCCAUGGCCAUCGCUAAGAGAGGCGGAACCAUCCACAUGAUCUGCAGAAACAGGGACAAAGCCGAGGAGGCGAGAGCAGAAAUCGUCAAGGAGUCUGGAAACAAAGAGAUCUACCUUCACAUCCUGGACAUGUCUGAGACCAGGAAGGUGUGGGAGUUUGCCGAAGGCUUCAAGAAGAAGUUCAAGGCUCUUAAUGUCCUUAUCAACAACGCCGGCGCCAUCAUGAGCGAGAGGGACGUGAACGCUGAAGGGCUGGAGAAAAGCUUCGCCACCAAUGUCCUGGGAGUUUACAUUCUCACCAAGAGCUUGAUCCCCCUGCUGGAGAAGAGCGCCGACCCCAGAGUGAUCACAGUCUCAUCUGGGGGGAUGUUGGUGCAGAAGCUGCGGCCGGGAAACCUGCAGUCUGAGAGGGGUCACUAUGACGGCACCAUGGUUUACGCCCAGCACAAGAGGCAGCAGGUGGUGAUGACGGAGCAGCUGGCUAAGAGUCACACCAACAUCCACUUCUCCGUCAUGCAUCCCGGCUGGGUGGACACUCCAGCGGUGGCCAACGCUAUGCCUGACUUCCACCGCUCCAUGAAGCAGAGCCUGCGGACCCCGGAGCAGGGGGCCGACACCGUGGUGUGGCUGGCCAUCUCAGACGCCGCCGUCAAGAACCCCAGCGGACGCUUCUAUCAGGAUCGAAGGAUGGUGUCCACCCACCUCCCACUGGCCUGGACCCACAGCUCCCCACUGGAGGAGCAGAAGUUAAUGUCCCUGCUGGACGACCUGGCCAAGAUGUUCCAGCCCAACUGAGAACACUUGCUGCACCUGUUUCUACUCCUGCAGCACCUCCACUCCUGGAUAAUGGCGUGUGUCUAACCUCCAGAUUUGACUCAUGUACAUAACUUUUUUUUUUAUUUACAUACAUUUGCUCACUUACUGUGUUACAUCCGUUAGACCGAAGCUGCCGCAGUCAGACGUGUGACAGAGCAAGAGGUCGAUCAGAUGGGAAUCUGAUGCGACCGUCACACCGUCGUUGUCGUCUAACCGCUACUUAACAAUGAUGUUUUAACCAAGAUUAGAAGCAGCGUCACCAGAGCUGAGCAGUAACACUCAGUAACACCUGCACUGGCUUCAUUUAAGAAUGGAUAAUGUGUGUCUGAAUAAAGAAAAACAAAGCAAAACUGCUUUUUUC